UACGCCUGUGAGAACUGAAAAAAAGAAAAUUCUACAAGAAGAUGUUAGCUUGAGUACACAUAGCAGUUAUCCUGUGUCCAAUUCAUUGUUAAAUUUAAUACGAUUGGUCGCCAUGCAGCCUGUAACAAUAGUGGAAGAUAAUCCUCAGCGGGAGGGCUAUGCCGGGAACUACAGCGUAGGAGCUGUCUUAUGUGUCUCUACGAUGCUAUUGCAAUACGCCAUUGGGCUGGUGGUGUGUGGAGGUGUUGGAUACAUCGCAGGUGCGAUACCCCCAUCUACCAUGUCUACCAUAUUAUACUGUCAGGUCUGCGCCUUCUCUCUCGGAGGGCUUUAUCUUUUCACCUCAAUCAUUGGAUUUGGAACAGCGUGUAGGAACAUGUACAUGAUUGUGUUCUUCCUGAUAACAUGUAUCUUGUCAAUGGUGGGAAGUUUACCAGUUGCCGGGUUCUCCUUCUACUGCACCUACUGUAUCGUAGCACCACAGACAGAUUUGAAGCAGUGUUAUGCAUUGUGUUCGACCACUGCCAAUGGUACAACGACCAUCAUUUGA